AUACCAGUAACUAGUCAAAGGAUCAAACAUGAGUGCAUCUAAAUCAGUUGUAUUAGCUCACAUCAAGGAAUACUUGAGCAGAGACCCAUCAUUGGCCAAGGUUGAAAAGGCUUUGCAGAAAGCUCUCGAAGGUGAAGACUUGCCUGAGGUCGCUGAGAAGUUAGAAGAUAUCAUUGGCAAGACCAAGGAAGAAGAAGUAAAAGAAGACUCAGACAGUGAUGAUUCUUCUUCUGACGAAUCUUCAUCAUCUGAAAGCGACAAUGACAGCGAUGAUGAAAGUUCUGAUAGCGAAAGUUCCAGCUCAGACUCAGAUUCAGACUCCGAAUCCGAAGAAGAAAAGGAAGAAAAGAAGGAAGAAGUAGCUGAAACCAAGGAAGAUUCGAGUUCGUCCAGUUCAGAAUCCGACUCGAGCUCUUCUGAAUCAGACAGUUCAUCUGACUCAGACAGCUCCAGCUCUUCAGACAGUUCAUCUGACUCAGACAGCUCCAGUUCCAGCUCCUCAGAUAGCUCCUCAGAUUCCGACAGCUCAUCUGACUCCGAUGAUUCCUCAGACUCCGACAGUUCAGAUUCUGAAAGCUCCUCCGACAGCUCAGAUUCUGAAAGCUCCUCCGACAGCUCGUCCGACAGCUCGUCCUCAGACUCAAGCUCUGAAAGCGAAUCAGACUCAGACUCAGAAUCAGAAUCAGAAAAACCAUCCAAAAAGAGAAAACAAGAAUCGUCAGAAGAACCAGCAUCAAAGAAACCUAAAACCGAAGAACCAUCUUCGUCAACUGCAUCAAUCUCAUCCCCACCAUCUUCCCGAGGAAUCUCUGCCACCCCAGAACCAGAAUUAAAACCAGGCCAAAGAAAACAUUUCUCGAGAAUAGACAGAACCAAAGUCUCUUUUGAACACCACGCCUUGCAAGACAACACUUACAAAGGUGCUGCUGGUACUUGGGGUGAAUUAGCCAAUGAAAAAUUAACCCAAGUGAGAGGUAAAGAUUUCACCAAGAACAAAAACAAAAUGAAGAGAGGUGCCUACAAAGGCGGUUCCAUCACUCUUCAUUCCGGUUCCUACAAAUUUACCGAUUAAACUAGGUGAAAGACUUUUUAAUAGAAAUGUAUAGAGUAUAAUUUUAUGAUUGUGAUAUUCGCCCAAGCGCACGACCUUUUUCUUUCUACCAUCAUCAAAGUGUAUAAAGCUGAAUCCCUUUUUUCCUUUUCUUGCUUAUAAAUCAACCACACUUUCCUUCUGAAAGCAACAUAUAAAUCGUACAUCCAUGUCCAGCAGUCGCAGAACCGGAGAAGUAAACUAUGCCGAAUUGAACAAUGGAGAUUAUGACGAUGAUUUCUUAUCAGACGACAAGAUAUCAGACGAAGAUGAAUACGGAGCCAAACCCA